UACGUAUAACUUCGGCGCUGAUGGUUUCCACGCAGCGGCCACCAGCGCAAAUCUAUGUCUGGCCACAGGCGUGCGGGGGGGCGUGGACUGGAUGAGAAAACUGGCUUUCCGCUACAGAAGAGUAAAAGAAAUCUACACCACCUACAAAAAUAACGUCGGAGGUCUGCUGGGCCCGGCCAAAAGAGAAGCCUGGUUGCAAUUGCGAGCAGAAAUUGAAGCCUUGACGGACUCCUGGUUAACACUGGCACUGAAAGCACUAACAUUAAUCCACUCAAGGUCUAACUGUGUGAACAUCCUGGUCACCACCACGCAGCUCAUCCCGGCGCUCGCCAAAGUCCUGCUCUACGGCCUGGGGAUCGUCUUUCCCAUCGAGAAUAUUUAUAGUGCAACCAAAAUAGGGAAGGAGAGCUGCUUCGAGAGAGUCAUCCAGAGGUUCGGGAGGAAAGUUGUUUACAUUGUCGUCGGAGACGGUGUGGAAGAGGAGCAAGGCUCGAAAAAGGCAUCUACAGAAGCGCUCCAAAUGACAUUUCAAUCUGAGUACAAAAAGUGCUUUCUCUCUCCCUCCCAGCACAACAUGCCCUUCUGGAGGAUCUCCAGCCACUCAGACCUCAUGGCCCUGCACCACGCUCUGGAUCUGGAGUACUUGUAGCACUGCGGAGCCUCUUUCUCCACCUUCAUCAUCAUCAUCAUCACCUCCUGCAGAGAGAGCCCCCCUGUGGAGAGGAGAUGGUGGAUGUGCUGACAUACGGUCACACUUCGUCUUAACCCCGAACUCUUGUUUUUUUGUUCGUUCCUCUGGAGGCGAAAAGGUGGAUUUACGGCGCUGCAGCUGCUCGCCAUGGUUACUGUGAAUGAGCCGCUCUCUGAAAAAGCUGUCAAAGUGUUUUACGGCAACUCCGUUGGUGCCGGGACUUUUCGAGGUUUUCACACCUGUGAGGAGAGCUACUCCACGUUUAACUAAAAACUACUGGAGACGUCUCUUUCUGUCGCUCGACUUCUUCUCCUCCACGAGUCCUGAGCUGGUUAUUUAUGGGCGGAGACUUUUUGUGCGGGAAGGUACCUCGACGACACAAGACUUUUUACAAAGUACCCACAGCGAGGAAGGAAGGAGAAAAGAAAAAAGGGGGUUUUCUAAUAAUUUAAGAAAAUUACAACGUUAUUUACAAUGCUGAGACAAUCGUGUAUAGAGGAACUCUUUUUGUGUGUGUAAGUUUGUAAUCACUGGACUAUUCCUUCCUAUAUUCAUUUAGGUAUGAAAGGUGGCUUUUUCAUUGAAGUUUAAACAAAUAUUAAUAUUAAUAAUAAAAAGACAGGAGCUGGAAGUGUUGAUGUGUUCACCGUUUGCUCUGUAAACACAUGUGUAGGUUAAUUUGUGAUAAACCGUUUUGUCCAGACCAAACGCAUGGGUGUGGAGACUUCAGUCUGCAACACAUUUCAAGUUUGAUCAGAAAGGUCCUUCUGCAUUUCAGCCGCUUGCAGCCCCGUUUAUUUAAAGUGAAAAGGUCCUGCCUCCUGGGAGCCACUAAACACAUCUGAGAUUCACAAAAGCAGGCUUGAAUAGGUUUUAUUAUAUUUUAUACAAGCGCUAUAACAACUCUUGUACAGCGAGCGUAAUUUUGUAUGACGUAGUGUUUUUAUUUUACAUUCUGUGUCCCUUCUUCUUCUGUGGUGUCGAGAGAAAAGCCACUAACCCUGGGAGGUGUGUGAACAAACAGGACAUGUGCUGCGACUGUGAAUUUCUUAACGGGAACACACUCGCUGUGUUUCUGACGUUUCCUCCUUUGCACAUGAUCACUGUUGGCCUUUUACAUUUCACUUAGGACCCCCCCCCCCACACACACACACACACACACACACACACACACACACACACACACACACACACACACACACACACACACCCCGUCUUCUCAACACGUCUACAUGUUGCUGCUAGAUCAAGGUAAUGGUAGGUAAACUAGAGGAAAUGUUUUAUAGAUUCAUACAGCACGCUUUUUUUUAUUAUGUUGCAAUCAUAAAUGCAAACUGGAAACACUUCGUGGGCCUCAUUGUGAAACGCUAAAGAUUGUUGUGUCUGCAAAAUAUGUGUACAGAUGUUUUUGACAUUAUUAUUUGAUUGUGUUUAAAUUAAUAAAACUAAUUUGUGAACUGUAA